AUGGCGGUGCAGGCGGCUGCGGCGGGCAGCUGGGGCCGGAGCCGGGGCGCUGUGCUGCUGCUCUUCUUCUCGCUCUCCCGCCGCCCGCCCGCCGGGGCCGCCUGGCUGCUGGGGCUGCGGCCCGAGGACACGGCUCCGGGCAGGGUCUGGCUGGAGGCCGGCGAGCUGGGGGCGGUGGAGGGGGCCAGCUUCCUGCUUCGCCUCUACUUCCACCCGCAGCCCGAGGGGAACGGCAGCCGCGGGCCCCCCGGCGCGGGCAGCGAGCCCCGCCUGGUCUUCAUCGAGGAACUGCCGGCGGGAGCGAGCCCGGCGCCUGGGAAGCGCUGCCAGCAGCAGAGCGCCUGGGCCUCGGACGUGGAGGUGCUGGGCCCGCUGCAGCCGGGCGGCUCGUCCGGCUCCGCCCGGGUGCGGGUGCGGGUGCGGGAGCCGCGCAAGGAGGAGCCCGGGGCCGGGCCGCGGGGGCGGCUCUUCUCGCUCUGCGCCUGGGACGGGCGCGCCUGGCAGCACCACGGCGCGGCGGGCGGUUUCCUGCUGCGGGUGCGGCGGGCGGCGCGGGAGCCCUGGCUGCUCGGGCCGCUGCCGGCGGCUGGCUGGCUCCGGGCCCUGGGGGCGCUGCUCCUGCUGGGGCUGUCGGCGCUGUUCAGCGGCCUGCGCCUGGCGCUGCUGUCGCUGGACCCGCUGGAGCUCCGCGUGCUGCGCAACAGCGGCUCGGCGGCGGAGCAGGAGCAGGCGCGCCGCGUGCAGGCGGUGCGGGGCCACGGCGGCACCUACCUGCUCUGCACUCUGCUGCUGGGCCAGGCCGGGGCCAACGCGGCGCUGGCCGGCUGGCUGUGCGCAUCGCUGCCCGGCCAGGGGCCGGCGCUGGCCGGCUGGGUGCAGGGCGUCCCCUGGCUGCCCGUGCUGCUCUGCACCGGCGCCGUGUUCCUGGGCGGCGAGGUGCUGCCCUACUCGGUGUGCUCCCGGCACGGGCUGGCCAUCGCCUCGCACACGCUCGGCCUCACCCGCCUGCUGAUGGCCGCCACCUUCCCCCUCUGUUACCCGCUGAGCCGCCUGCUGGACUGGGCGCUGCGCCAGGAGCUCAGCACCUUCUCCACCCGCGAGCGCCUGCUGGAGACGCUGCGCGCCGCCGACCCGCACAGCGACCUGGUGCGGGAGGAGCUGGCCAUGGUGCAGGGCGCGCUGGAGCUGCGCACCAAGGUGGUGGAGGACGUGCUCACCCCGCUGGCCGACUGCUUCCUGCUGCGCUCCGAUGCCGUGCUGGACUUCGCCACAGUCUCCGAGAUCCUGCGCUCCGGCUACACCCGCAUCCCGGUCUACGAGGGCGACCGGCGGGACAACAUCGUGGACCUGCUCUUCGUCAAGGACCUGGCCUUCGUGGACCCGGACGACUGCACCCCGCUGCAGACCGUCACCCGCUUCUACCGCCGGCCGCUGCACUGGGUCUUCAGCGACAGCCGCCUGGACACGCUGCUGGAGGAGUUCAAGAAGGGUAAAUCGCACCUGGCCAUCGUGCAGCGGGUGAACAACGAAGGGGAAGGAGACCCGUUCUAUGAGGUGAUGGGGAUCGUCACGCUGGAGGAUGUCAUUGAAGAGAUCAUAAAGUCUGAGAUCCUGGAUGAGACAGACCUUUACACAGACAACCGAAAGAAGGAGAGGGCACUGCACCAAGGCAGGAAGCCACACGACUUCUCCAUCUUCAGGCUCUCAGACAGCGAGAUGAAGGUGAAGAUCUCCCCUCAGUUGCUGCUGGCCACGCACCGCUUCAUGGCAUCAGAAAUCGAACCCUUCAAAUCUCCCUGCCUCUCGGAGAAGAUCCUGCUGAGGCUCCUCAAACACCCCAACGUUAUCCAGGAGCUGAAGUACGAUCAUAAGAACAAGCGGGCCAUGGAGCACUAUCUCUACCAGCGCAACCGGCCGGUGGACUACUUCGUCCUCAUCCUGCAGGGCAAAGUGGAAGUGGAGAUUGGCAGGGAAGGGCUGCGGUUUGAGAACGGAGCGUUCACCUACUAUGGUGUCCCAGCCAUCAUGGCUGUCAUCUGCUCAGAUAACGAUGUGCGGAAAGUGAGCAGCUUGGCCGGAUCCUCCUUCCUGUUGCCCGUCUCAGUGUCCAGAGGGGAAUCCCUGGCUGGCUCCCCAGUAAACCGGUCGCCAUCUCGCAGCAGCGGGCUGAAUCGCGCCGAAUCCCCAAACCGAGAACGCAACUACUAUGGGGGCAGCAACACCCAGCUGUACAGCAGCAGCAACAACAUCUACACACCCGACUACUCCGUGCACAUCCUCUGCGACGUGCAGUUCGUCAAGAUCACCCGGCAGCAGUACCAGAACGCACUGGCAGCCAGCCGCAUGGACAGCUCACCCCAGUCCCCCGACAUGGAGGCGUUCAAUGAUGGCAACUCCACCAAGGCCCCGACAGCCCAGGGGACCCCACAGACACCGAAGGAGGACCCCACCCCUACCCUCCUGAACGAGAGGAAGAGCAUUGUUUCCAGCGAAUGCUGUGACAUCACCCUGGAGCCGGAGAGCCCAAACACAGAGACAGCCAGCGGCAUGUCCCCAAGCGGCACCAAGGAGACCCUGGGCAAGAAGCUGCUGAGGACACUGAGUGGGCAGAAGAGGAGGCAAUCCCCGGAUGGCGAGACGCCGCUGGAGGAGAAUUCUAACCGAGCGCCGUUAAUCAGCUGAGCGGCAGUGUGGCUGGAAUGCGGUGCUGGAGUCCCAUGUAGCCUCGAGGUCUGCAGCAUGAGAGCCUCCUGCAGCGCAUCGUGUGUGACAGCAGUGGGUCUGCAUGCCGCUGCCUGCCCACCCGACACCUGCCCUCCCUCCAGGACGUGUGUCGAGCCCCAGGCGAGAACGUCAGGGCCCCUGGGUGGGACUGAAGCAGAGGCAGCAGCCCUGGACUUGCCAGGAAGUCAGGGCAAGUGGCCGGCUGCUGCCCUGCUGCCAGGCGUUCCGUCUCAAAGAGAAGAAGAGAAAGAAGUGACAGUGCCUGCGGUGUGGUUCCUCUGUGGCAAGAAGCAGGGAGAGGCGACCCAGCUCAGGCUACCCAGGACAUCCUUUAAUACUUGACAGUAGCUCCCAGACCCUUUUGAAUUAGGGCCCCAUAGCGCUGGGCGCUGCAGCCAUAACGAGAUGGGGCUCCUGCCCCAAGGAGCGCCAUGCUCUGGGCAGUGCCCAUCCCCUCCCACCACACAGUUUGUGCAGUGACAGUCAAAACCUGCCCUCGCAUUUCAGUCUGUCCCUGGGGAGCAGUGAACUGCCCAUCCCGCAGGCACUGGCCAGGUGUGGGCCUCAGGCCCCGCACAGUGCUGAGUAUAUCCGCCCCCCUCAGCUGGGAAAAGGAGGUUCAGAGCUGCACUUCAACCACCAUGGCCCUACGACAGGCCUCAGCUCAGAGCCACGAGUUGGCAUCAGAAUGUUAAGAGUUUUAAAUCGCCGCUCUGGAGGCUGAUCCUUUACAUUAAAAACCAUCCCUCCUGAGCA